UGGUAAUUAUGUAUUCUCGUCUCUACCUCCAGGUUUUGUCCGUCUCUUUCUUAUCGAAAAGAAAGAUAUAUAAAAAAAAUAGAAUGUCGGGGGAAAGUCCAAAGCUGGAGGAUCUGCCCAAGGUGGACCCAAGCCUGAAGAGCGAAUUGACGACGUUCGAAUCGUCCCAGUUGAAGCAUGCGGAAACGCAGGAGAAAGUCGUACUCCCGACCCAGGAAGAUAUCACACAAGAAAAGACGCAUGAUGCCGUGCUGAAAGGCGUGGAAGAGUUCGAUAGACACCAGCUCAAACACCAAGUCCCGCAAGAAAAGAACCCUCUCCCCGACAAAGACGUGAUUGAACAAGAAAGAGGGCAGGUCAAGCUGAUGGAAGGGAUUGAAGGCUUUGACCCAGCACAACUGAAGCAUGCAGAAACACAGGAGAAGAAUCCUCUUCCAACCAAGGAAGACAUUGAGCAAGAGAAGAAGGCGUGAAAGCAUGUGCAUGCGGCUGAAGGUGCCAUGAGCUUCCAUCCAUGUUCUUCGUAUCUUUUGUCUCUUAUAUUAUAUUCUGCUCCAAUUUUUUUUUCCCUUGUACAUGGAUUUAUUAAUUCACAAGCCAACAGAGCACAACUCCAACUUCAUCCUGCAUUUAUAGCUUCAUCUGCAAGCUUGUGUGUUCUUUCAAUGUGGCCUUAUUCCUUUUGCCUUCAGGAACAGAAGAUACAUGCAUUGCGAAGUGAUUUCUUCAACGUCGAUCCACAAAAUUUGGUUUAUUAUUUUUCUUUGAAAGAAUGAACGCCAGAUGAUUUCAGGCUA